AUUUGCUCCAUUUCCAUUCCUUUCUUCCUGCCAUUUUACUAAUACUACUACCAGUCUACCACUCUCCUCUUUUUUGUUUAUAGCACCUGAAUAAUCAAUCAAUUUUAAACAAAAAUUUGAAGAUCAAUUACUCUCCAUUGAUCACGCAGGAGGAAGAUGAGGAUCAAAGGAAGUAAAAUCGGUGGAGGAAGUUGGAGCGGCCUAGGGUUGCCCUCGAUUUUCCUGUUGUGCCUCUUCUUCUUUUUUGCCGGGUUUUUUGGUUCAUCGCUUUUGUUUCAGCAGAUGCCGAGUAAUUUAAGGCCGCGGAUGCGGGAAAUGGCGGAAGAGAGGAAAUUAGAAUUCGAGGCGCUGCCACGUGGAGACACCGGCGAAGGGUCUGUGGAGGCGAUCCCCUUUCAGGUUCUUAGCUGGAAUCCCAGGGCAUUAUACUUCCCAAAUUUUGCUACUGCAGAACAAUGCCAAAGCAUUAUUAAAAUGGCAAAGGUUCACCUCAAACCAUCAUCCUUGGCUCUACGCAAGGGUGAAACAGCAGAAAAUACCCAAGGAAUUAGGACGAGUUCUGGCAUGUUUAUUAGUGCAUCUGAAGACAGAACUGGAAUCCUGGAUCGGAUUGAGUCAAAAAUUGCCAAAGUGACAAUGCUUCCCAAGACUCAUGGNNAGGCCUUCAAUGUCUUGCGCUAUGAGAUUGGACAGAGAUAUCAUUCGCAUUAUGAUGCUUUCAAUCCUGCCGAGUAUGGUCCGCAGAAGAGCCAAAGGGUUGCUUCUUUCCUCUUGUAUUUAUCUGAUGUUGAAGAAGGGGGUGAAACCAUGUUCCCUUUUGAGAAUGGGCAAAACAUGGAUGCCAAUUAUGAUUUCCGCAAAUGUGUUGGUCUAAAAGUAAGGCCACAUAGAGGAGAUGGACUUUUAUUCUACUCACUGUUCCCGAAUGGUACAAUUGAUCCUACAUCUCUUCAUGGGAGCUGUCCAGUAAUCAAAGGUGAAAAAUGGGUAGCCACCAAAUGGAUUAGGGAUCAAGAGCAGGAUGAUGAAUAUUAAUAGACGUAAAGGAGUUAUGAGGAUUUUUGCGGAAUUUAGAAUCAGAAACAUGGCAUCCAUUUUUUAUGAAACUUGGACUUCUCAACAAGUUUUGCAGUGUAUAUAGUAUUCGUAACAUUUAUCUUUCGACUCAAAACUACAAAUUCUUCCGAGAAAAUUGGUACAUAAACCAUGUUAAGGGUUCCAUAGUGCCAUGAGAAUUAUUUAAGAAUAAUUUGCACAAUCAAUUGAACCAAUUUUUCAAGCCCCAUAUCUUUUUAGUCAUGCCUCUUUUUUCCCCACUCAUAUUUAAUUUCCAUUCAUGCUGUCAAUGCAGUAAUUAUGUUAUAUGCGUAAUUUACUUCUACAACUUUCAGAAAAGAAUUGUCCUUACUCAAAACUUCGCAGACUUGAGAAGUUCAACUUAUAAAAGUACCAGGCAAAAGGUCUAUACAACUUCUUAAGCGAUGCUAGACCUUAAAUAAUUUGUGACUAGUGUAGCUCCUAUUCUGGCUCAGUGGGUAGAAAGGCAUCCAACUGACAGGCAUAGAGACCUGAAAGGAAUAGACACGGAUGGAUACAUUAUCUAACAGCCAGUGUGUAUGCUCUCCUAGAAGCAACUGUCAUUGCCUGAUGAAGAAUGUAGAUUUAGACAUGCAACCUCAUAACUACCUCCUCUUAAUUCCCACAAGUCUAGAGAACCUUGGAGAAUUAUGCUCUACUUGAUUCCCUCAUUUCCUUUUCAUGCAUGCUUCAUGAACAGAAUUUCAGCAUCUGUCGCAACUUCAGUUUUCACCUCGAAAA